CAUUUCGCAUGGAGAGUUCUUUCUUUCUCAGGAAGCUGAUUUCAGUUUCAGAGAAUCAAUGGAGGCAAGACUGUAUCGAUACAGUAAAACAAAUCCCAUAAUCUUGUUUCUUUGGCGCUUGUUUUUGCACUCUCUCUUUCCGUCUUCAACCGUUCAUCUUCUUCUUCUCUCCUUCCGCUAUCUAUUCGGGACUUAUAUACUUCUCCUUCCUCUCACACCUCGCCGUUCCUCCGUAGGCAUUGCGCUGCCGCUUUUUUAUGGCAUCUCGAUAGGAGGAGGCUUCAUCCUUUGGCUUGGUUGCUAUUACCAUGACUGGGACUCAACCAGCAAUGGACAAUGCAACCAGAAUGGGGUCUUUCAAGAAGGCAGCAGCCAGUGCCUCCAUAAAAUUGAGACAUUCUUUGAUAAAAAGGAGUCGAAAGGGCAGCAAAAUCAUGUCUAUGGAAAUUGAGGAUGUGCACGACGAGGAGGAGGUAAAAGCGGUUGAUGCACUCCGUGAAGCCCUUAUAUUGGAGGAGUUACUUCCUGCAAAGCACGAUGAUUAUCAUAUGUUGCUCAGAUUUUCAAAGGCCAGAAAAUUUGAUAUUGAUAAAACAAAGCAAAUGUGGGCUGCUAUGCUUCAAUGGAGGAAGGAAUUCAAUGCUGACACAAUCAUGGAGGAUUUUGAAUUCAAGGAAAUUAAUGAAGUCUUGGACAACUAUCCCCAAGGACAUCACGGAGUUGACAAGGAAGGUCGUCCCAUUUACAUUGAGAGACUAGGACAAGUAGAUGCUGUCAAGCUUUUGAAAGUAACAACCAUGGACCGUUAUGUGAAGUACCAUGUACGGGAAUUUGAGAGGACCUUCAUUGUCAAGUUCCCAGCUUGCUCGAUUUCAGCAAAAAUGCAUAUUGAUCAAAGCACAACCAUCCUUGAUGUGCAGGGAGUGGGACUUACAAGUCUUACCAAAUCUGCGAGGGACCUUAUCCAAGCCCUUCAGAAAGUUGACGGUGACAACUAUCCAGAGACCUUGAACCGCAUGUUCAUAAUCAAUGCUGGUUCUGGAUUUAGAAUGCUGUGGAACACUAUCAAAACUUUCCUUGACCCAAAAACUACAGCAAAGAUCCAUGUUCUUGGUAACAAGUACCAGAGCAAAUUGCUUGAAAUAAUUGAUGCCAGUGAGUUACCAGAAUUUCUGGGAGGCAAAUGUACUUGUGCUGAUGAAGGAGGCUGCAUGCGUUCUGACAAAGGACCAUGGAAGGACCCAGAUAUCCUGAAGAUGGUUCAAAAUGGGGGUGCUCGAUGUAGAAAGCGUUGUGGUAGCCAAGUGGACGAGGAGAAGACCAUCUUUGAGGAUGAAUCACCACUUCAUAAGGAAAACAGUAUAUCUAAAUUGGAGGCAGCAGUAAUCUUGGAUAAAUUGCCUUCUCUCACUUUGAAACAUGCAAAGGAUCAUGAAGCACAGCCUCUUUCAGAUGUUGUUGCCGUCAAAAAUCCACACUCGUCGUUCAAGUACGAUCCUUUAACAGCGGUGGGUGAAAGAAAAAUGGACAAUCCCUGGAUGAGGAUGGUAGAAAAUGAGAAAUUCACUACUCUGUCUAGUGGAGCUGAUGUUUUGGCAAUGCAUUCUGCUUACAAAGCCCCAGAAGGGUUGAGUAAUCAUAUCUUGACAGGUGUCAUGACCGUGGUUAUGGGAAUUAUCACGAUGGUCAGACUGACACGUAACAUGCCAAGGAAGCUGACAGACGCCACCCUCUAUUCAAACUCCCUCCGAUGCUGGGAUGAUGACAUGGCGAGGAUGGGAAGCUACUCACAUUCCCAGAAGCUUCCAGAACUCUCCAUCUCUCCCAGAGAGUACUUUUCUACGAUAGGACGCAUGACAGAACUGGAAGAGAAGGUUUCUUUCCUAACUGCAAAGCCAACAGUCAUGCCACCUGAAAAGGAGGAAAUUCUUAAUGUUGCUCUGAACCGGGUUGAUGUCUUGGAGCAAGAACUAGUGGAAACUAAGAAGGCAUUGGAGGACGCAUUUGUCCAUCAACAGGAGAUAGUAGCCUAUCUCGAUAAAAAGAAGAAAAAGAAGAAGAGGAAGCUGUUCAACGGGACGAUUUUCAAGCAAGUACUCGGCCGGAGGUAGUUGGUAUUCAUUAACCAUGUGUCCUCUAAACCGUGUUUCUGUUAAAUUAAAACAUCCCUAAUGGUUGUUGUUGUUAUUGUAUAUACAUCCCUAAUGACAAACAACAUCCUUCUCUAUAAAUUAAUAGUGCAAAAGAUUUUGUUUCUACUCCCAA